AUGAGUGUCGGGCAGAGCGACGAGUGGAGCGAGUAUGAUGAGUGCCUAGCAGAGAGACAAACAUUGGAAGUCGCCUCUGCUGCAGUGAUUUGUGCUGCUGUCUUGAAUGCAAGAUGUGCAGCGGAGCAAACGCAGACAGUUACGCGCCAAUCGUCCACGAUAACAAUUGCUCCUGUCCAAGGAAAGGAGAAAUCACCAGAGCUUGAUGAUGGAGGAACAGGCUUCCCUCCUCGUGAUGACGACGGUGGUGGUGGUGGGGGUGGGGGUGGAGGAGGGGGCGGCCACUGGGCUGGUGGUUUCUUCUUCUUCGGCUUGCUCGCUUUCUUAGGGCUAAUGAAGGAUCAAGAAGACGAGGGGUCCUACGGCAAACAAAAAGCAAGAUACUGAUCCUCGCCCAUGUUUUAGCUAAUUAAAUACAUAACUA